AUGGAGGAGAUGGCGGGUGAAGAAGACGACCCUUUACUGUUUCUCCCUUUCCCAUUUACAACCAAGGAAGUGAAGCAACCCCCAUAUAAAGGUUCCGAUCCCGAGUGGCUUGCGUUCUUGGCUGUGAACAAGGACCAGCAGGUUCAAAAAGAUAUCAAGUUCGGACUUGCGGAAAUCAUCCGUCGUGGUGUGGAAAAGAAUCCAGGCUAUGUAAGGCUACUGGGAGGAAAAGACAUCAAACUCAAGAAACUUUGGCUCGAUAUCAUAUACCCCCCAGCACCUCCGCCGAAACACUACGUAUCUGGGAUCAUCAUCGAUGACGAGGGCAUCUUCUGGGGCGACAGACCAAUCGACUCCGUCGCCGCGAGCCACGUCAACAUGGCUAUAUACCCCAAAGCUGUAGCCUUGACUGUUUGGACUUUUGUCAACUCUCUCUGCAGACAAACAGCACAAGAUGUAGCUAAAGCCCUGGGAUUCAACACAGAACCACCCCAAGACACAUCGUGGCAAACCGUCGCUAUUAACCGCAUGAAGGAGCAAGGAGCGCUAGGCUCGGGGGGCAAGCACGCCGUCAAGGUCCCCAGCACUACCGACAAGCCUGCAAACUUCCCUUUCCCAACGGCCAACGGGGAUCUUUUCGGACCUUCUAUCGGCAGCGACAAUACCCAGCUCGACCCUCGUAUCCAAGGUGCUCUCCACGCGGCUUCCAUGACGUUCACCAAAAACUGGCAGCCUGUGAAACAGCCCCCGAGCCGUGGGUGCAUCCGUGUAGAUGGCCUGGUGGAAUUGCAAGGUAAGAACGCCGUCAUGGCCGUGUAUGUUCUGGGGUGGUAUGAUCCCAAGCAGAAGAACUACAUGGCUAUUCAAACAGGCCUGAAGCAUUUGAUACAGCUGAAACAGCGGCCAGCUGCAGGUUGA